GGGGGUUUUGGAGUGCUUCCGAACGCCAACCCGCCCGCUUACGAUCCAAUCAACAUACACUACUAUCAAAGUGCCAUCACAGCGACGCUGCCUAAAGGCUUAGACGCAGCGCAACGACCGGAGAGCGAACAGCCCGUUACCGAACGCGUUACCGCGAACGCCGGCACCGUGAGCAGCUACGCGCACCAGUACGCGUCAGUUGGGGGUCGCUACUGUCAACAACACCCAUCCACCGUGGCGCUCCACUCGACCGAGGCCCUGAUGGCCGGCUUCCUCAAGUCGUCCGAUCUCGGGCCGCACCCGCACGGGUACGGGUCCGCCCACCAUCCGCACCAUGCGCAUCCGCAUGGACCUUUACCGCCCGGAAUGCCUAUGACAUCGUUAGCCCCGUUCGGUCUUCCCCACGGGCUAGAUGCUGUAGGAUUUCCGCAAGGUAUGUGGGGUGUGAACCCGCGAAAACAGCGCCGCGAACGGACCACCUUCACCCGGGCCCAGCUGGACGUGCUGGAGGCCCUGUUCGGCAAGACACGCUAUCCGGACAUUUUCAUGCGCGAGGAGGUGGCACUCAAGAUCAAUCUUCCUGAAUCACGAGUACAGGUAUGGUUCAAGAAUCGGCGUGCCAAGUGCCGGCAGCAGCUCCAGCACCAGUCCUCUUCGAAUCUCAACAGCAGCAAAUCGUCCGGCGGCGGUUCGACCGGCUCGGCGCGCUCGGGCCAGUCCGGCGGCAACAGCGGACCGUCCGGCAGCCAGUCCGGCUCGUCCGGCGGCACCGGCAGCAACAAUGGCAGCCACGGCGGCACCAAAAGCUCGAUAGUGAACGCCAACAACAAGCCGACGAUCAAGCACACGCCGAUGAACAACAGCCACAACGGUAGCGGGCCCGGCACGGGCAGCAAUGGCGGCGGCGGCGGCGGCGGUGCGGGCAGCCAGUCGAACCCGGCCGGCCCCAGCCAUAACGGGCCGCUCGGGCUGAGCCACAGCAACGCGUCACCGAUACUGCCGAUCACACCGUCGACCUCCGUCAGUCCGCCGAUCAACGUGAUCUGCAAGAAGGAGCAACCCUCGUCCUACCAUCACGGGCCGGCCGGUGGCGGCGGCGGCGGCGGCGGCAACGAGCCCUCCGGCAUGAAGCCGACCGGGUACGACCUGCUGAAGGACUCGGAGCUCAACCUAGCGCACCAUUCGUCCUCCGCCUACGUCAACAUCAACACGCGGCUAGGGCAGUCACUCAGCUCGGUCGGCGGCGGCGUCGGCGGCGGCGGCGGCGUGGGCAGCGGCGGCGUGGGCGUUGGCGGCAACGGCAACGGGGUGCUCGGCGGCGUCGGCGUCGGGGUGGGUGGCGGGCUCGGCAACGGCCCGUCCGCCGGCAACCUCACGCCGCUCGGGUCGAACUCCUCCAUCAUGACGACGCCGUCGCCCCCGAUCACGCCCCAGACGUCCCACAAUCCGCUGUCGUACGUGCCGAACCACGAGACGUACAACUUCUGGCACAACCAGUACCAGCAGUACCCGAACAACUACAACACGCCGUCCUACUACAGCCAGAUGGACUACUUCCAGAACCAGAACCAGGGCAACUACAACAUGGGCCACACCGGCUACACCACCUCCGCCAACUUCGGGCUCGCGUCCACGUCCGCGCUCGCCGGCCCGAUGGGCACGCAAACGUUCAGCCCGAACGGGCUCGACUACAUGAACCCGCAGGACAAGUACGUCAACAUGGUGUAAGCGGGCUGGCUGGACAGGCAGCGACGACGAGCGACGAUCACAUCCCAUAUCACACAAUCCCUCACAUAAAAGGACUGGUCACUGAGGAACACACACACACACACCGCGGCGACGGAGGAUACCUGUACCGGCGGCUCUACUAGCUUCAACACGCCACAUACACCCACACACACUCUAGAAGAGUGGAAUACACGCAGCACGCAGGCAUCUGCCACUGCCGGUGAGC